UGUGAUACAAAAAUAAAUUGUGUUUAGUAACAUUGAACGGUUCUUAAAUCUAAAACACCCCGUGUGAAAUAUAUUUAAAAAAAGAGUAAAAACUGAUUUACUGUGAUCGCGUCAUGAACUGGAUUGACCAAGAUCUAGAUUAACUCAAUUAACUGGACUAAAUGAUAAAUGAAUUAACUAAAAACGAAAAUGAUAAAUGGAUUAACUCAAUUAACUGGACUAAAUGAUAAAUGGAUUAACUAAAAACUGGACUAAAUGAUAAAUGGAUUAACUCAAUUAACUGGACUAAAUGAUAAAUGGAUUAACUAAAAACGGGAUUAAAUGACAGCUGAAUCAAAUGACGUCUGGAUCAAAUAACAACUGGAAAAAAGGACAACUGGAAUUUACUAAUAGCUGGAUUGAAUAAUAACUGGAUUAGCGGAUAACUAGAUCAAAUAAUAACCGGAUUGAAAUGAUAAACGGAUUAAAUGAUAACUGGAUUAAAUGACAGCUGAAUCAAAUGACGUCUGGAUCAAAUAACAUCUGGAUCAAAUGACAACUGGAUUAAUUACUAACUGGAUUGAAUAACAACUGAAUUAGCUGAUGACUGGAACAAAUAAAAAAAUACUUAAAUGAUAACUGGAUUAUAUAAUAAAUGGAUCAAAUAACAACUGGAUUAAAUAACAACUAGAUCUAAUGAUGCACUGGAUUAAAUAACAUCAACGGGAUCAAAUGAUAACUGGAUCAAUUGACAACGGGAUCAAAUGACGACAGAGAUAAGAUGAGAAUUGCGCCCACUUUACUAGUUCCAUCCAACUAUACAAGUUUAGUUGAAGUAGUUCCGGUAGAAGAUCCAGAAUCUUCAAGUCAGCUUUAUAACAAAGGAUUGACUGUAUGUGUAUCCGUAACUACCACUAGGAUGUCUUCAACUAUAUUUCCAGCAGUUCAAACAUCUUCAAAAGCAUCACAUGCAUCAUCCAUCCUACUAACAACAAUGUCAUCCUUACCAUCAGCUGAAUCUACAAUAUUAUCAUCACUAAGAUCAUCUAAAUCAUUGUCUAAUCAGUUAUUAAGAAGAAAUAGGAGAAAAAGCAAACAUCAUCUUGUUACUGAAAGAUUAAACCAAAAAAAAAGAAGAAAAAGUAAAAUAGAAGAUGACGAGGUUACAGUGAUUAAGAAAGCUGAUUCAAGGAAUAUUGUAGAAACUACAACAUGCACUCAAAAAAACACAUCUACCAAUACUGUUUACACUAUACUAGAAGUUCCAGAUGUUGAAGAAAAUCAAAUACUUGACGUUGAAGAAGAUACUAAUUCAGAGAUAUAUAAACAAAGGAGAGAUAUGUUGGAAUGUUACAGAAAACAUUGCAGAAGAAAGUGUGCUAGGUUUGAAAGAGGAGAACUAGAUGUAAAAGAUAUUUCCCUGAAUGAAAUAUUUGAUAGUUUUCAAUAACAAUAUUUCUAAAACAAUUCAACAAAGUACAAUUACAAUAAAAUAUUUGGAAACAAGAAAUAUUUGAAAAGAAAAGAAGCCAAGUUUUAGAGGAAAAUCUUAACCAUUGCCCGCACCUACAGGGUGUUCCAUGAAACAUGACAGUUGGUGAAUAGUUUUAAAUGUCUUCUUCCAUAUACUCUAUACUCUUUACUCUAUACUUUUUGCAGUUUAUUUAGUUUCAAAAAAUCUUUAAAACAAAUAUAUUUAACUUUAAAAUCCAAAUUAGCUAUAAAAUUACUGCCAUUGAAUAUUUUGUUUAUCAUUUUCUUUUUUAUCAAAUAAUUUAUUAUGGAAGAAGACAUUUUAAAUUAUUCACCAACUGUCAUGUUUCGUGGGACACUCUGUAGGUGCAGCCAUUACAGGGCACUAAAUAGCAUUAGAUGAGCUUAUGUACAUACAAAACAUAUAUAUUAUUUAAAGAAUGAUUUGCACUUACAAAAACUUAUAUAGAGGUUUUAGCAACAUUUUUAAUAUAUCGUUAAUAACGGUUAUUUCAUUCUACAAUGUAAACUGUUAAAAACAUUUUAUGUUUUCUUUUCUUACAAUGAUAUGGGUUUGAGGUUUAGGGAUUAAUUGCCAAAAUAUCUGUGAUGCUUCACCAAAUUGUCAUACAGUGAUAACCAGGAAACCGUGGAAUAGGAAGACGACAUUCAAGCAGUAAUUAAGUGUAUUUGAUGUUGUUACAAAGCACAUCGUUUUAAUAGUAACAUAUCAAGUCACUUAUUUAGUGAAAUAGGUCUUUUCAUUCUAAACAAUUGUUGUGUUUUAUGUUUAUUGGAAUAUUUAAAGGUAUAACUUGAGCCUAAAAUCAUUUUCCUUUUCUAACCAAUUUUUUGCCAUGUCAAAUGUCAAUACAAUUGAUGUAUUGUUGAUACUGUAACUGUGAUUUAAACUGAAUACAUUAUAAUGUAAUUUGUUUUUAGUUUUAAAAUAAAUUUUUAUA